UCAAAUCACAACACACUCACUCCCUUUGCUUUAUUAAUUAAGAAACAGCUAAGAGACAAGAUAGAAUAUUCAUACAACAAUGGCCAUCACAAACUUUGUUCAUGUCCUCACCUUACUGGUUAUAACCGCUUCAAUGUUUGCAGUUACUAUGGCAAACAAGGACUGGCCCUCCUUUGGUUUUAACCACACUGAUUGGAGGUCUAGAUUUGGAAACCAUCACCACCAUAUAAAUAAGACAGAACAACAACCCAAGAAGAUUAUUGUGGGUGGCUCUGAAAAUUGGCAUUUUGGCUAUAACUACUCAGAUUGGGCUAUGAAGAGUGGCCCUUUUUACCUCAAUGAUACUCUCGUUUUCAAGUAUGAUGCUCCAAAUGCAACGAGUUUCCCACACAGCGUGUACAUGUUUCGAAAUUGGUGGAGUUUCAUGAAUUGUGAUGUUAAAAGUGCAAAGAUGUUGGCUAAUCACACACAAGGUAGUGGGGAGGGAUUUGAAUUGGUGUUAAACAAGUGGAAACCUUAUUACUUUGCUUGCGGUGAGAAAAAUGGAUUACAUUGCAACAUUGGACAAAUGAAAUUCGCUAUUUUCCCAAUGCUUCGUCCCUUCUGGUCAUCGCCUUGAGAAAAUGCAUAUUCGAAUUGCAUGCAACUUUUCAAUUUUAUACUUUUUCCUUUUUUAAUAAUUUUCAUUAUACAUUCCACUAAAUUAAAAUAAAACAGUUUUCUUAUAGAAGAAACUUAGGUGUAUUUUUUUAAGUGUUUUUUUUAUGUGGUUCUUAAUUUAAAAUACAUCUUUUGUGAUUGUGAAUUUAAAGCAAUCAUAAUUGAUUAAGUUAAACACCACACAAAAAUCAUAUAAAAAAAUACACCUAAAUUUUGUGUUUUUCUUAUUCUUGCACUUAUCAACAUGUAUGAUUUUGUGAUGGUUUGAAUAAUAUAGAUGUUAUGUGUUUCUUAUUUGUAAGUUUA